GGCUCCUCCCCCUCACGCCCCGGCACCGAUUGUUGACAAAAGACGCGGAGCGCGGAGACGUAGGCGCGGGGGACCCCGUUAUCUUCCACAGCGGACCCCGGGACCAUCGACACGGACCCACCCGGCCCACCACCGAGGGCGGAGGGUAGACGCCGGCGAGACGGGAAGGUGGCGCCUCUUCUUGUUCCUUCUUCGUCGUCGUCUCGGACGCGAAGGUGUGGCCGAGGUGAUCGCUUGGUGUGACCGCAGGAGAAGGUGCCAGCCCCCCCUCUCAUCCCCCUGGAAGACAAAAAAAAAAAAAUUGAACACUAAAAAAAAAAAAAAAAAAAUGGGUCAAAUAUCGUGAGAGGAAGCGACGGACGAGGAGGGAGGUGUCUUCAGCCCGGAAUGGUGUGAGCUGACGCGGCCCAGGCAAGUCUGGAUCUGACCGGGGAGCCGUCCUCCUUCCCGCGGAGCCUCCGCGGCUCCAAGCCGCGUCCCGAGCCCUCCAAGAUGGGCAAGUGCGACGGGAGAUGCACCCUGCUGGUGGUUUGCUGCCUGCAGCUGGUGGCCGCCCUGCAGAGGCAGGUGUUCGAUUUCCUGGGCUACCAGUGGGCGCCCAUCCUGGCCAACUUCCUGCACAUCAUGGCCGUCAUCCUGGGCAUGUUCGGCACCGUGCAGUUCCGCUUCAGAUACCUCAUCUUUUAUGCAGUGUGGCUGGUGCUGUGGGUGGGCUGGAACUCCUUCAUCAUCUGCUUCUACCUGGAGGUGGGGAACCUGUCUCAGGACAGGGACUUCCUCAUGACGUUCAACACGUCCCUGCAUCGUUCAUGGUGGAUGGAGCACGGUCCCGGUUGCCUCGUGACUCCCGUGCUGGACUCGUACUUGGCUCCCGACGACCACCACGUCAUCACCGUGUCCGGGUGUCUGCUCGACUACCAGUACAUGGAGGUGCUGAGUUCGGCCGUUCAGAUCCUGCUGGCGCUCUUUGGCUUCGUGUACGCCUGCUACGUCAGCAAAGUCUUCCAGGACGAUGAGGACAGCUUCGACUUCAUCGGUGGAUUUGACUCGUACGGCUACCAGCCUCCGCAGAAGUCCUCGCACCUGCAGCUGCAGCCUCUUUACACCGCUGGUUAAAGGAAGCUGGCGCCCCCUCAGGCCAAACCCCGACAGUGCCACUGUGGACGGACCAAGACGGUCUCCCUGAUUAGACUCCGAGGAAUGGACUUGUGUGUGUGGGUGUGUGUGGGUGUGUGUGGGUGUGUGUGUGUGUGUGUGUGUGUGUGUGUGUGUGUGUGUGUGUGUGUGUGUGUGUGUGUGUGUGUGUGUGAGGAAGAUGAACACCCCCACUCAGGGAUGAAGCAGCGUGUCGGCACGGAGACAACAGCGGGAGGGGGCGGGACUUAGACCAAUCACCACUUCCUAACUGCACACACGUGAGUGUCGUACAGUGUCUCUCACGGACCAAUCACCUGGCACGCUCCCGGUGGUGGGCGGAGUCACAGGAUUUUAAGGAAAAGAAGAGAAAAAGGAGCAUUUUAGCAAACUAGAGCAGUCGUCACUUCCCUGGGCCCAAAGCCAUCUACUUCCUGUCCCGCUGGGGCGAUACCACUGAUACCACUGAUACCGACACAAAAUUACCAGAGGUGGGGCAAAAACCGAGGUAACUUGUGAGUAUGUUAAGUAGGGUUUUGUUUAUUUUCGAUUCGAUAUUGAUCAAUAAAAGUCAUCAAUCAUCAAUAAAACAAGUGUGGCAGGAUAUCAUCUUGAAUGUGAAAUGUGCAAUAUCAUGUGCGAUACAAGCGGUCCUGCGGCAUAUUUACUUGUGCUUGAUAUCAUGUGCGAUACAAGCGGUCCUGCGCCAUGUUUACUUGUGUCUGAUAUCAUGUGCGAUACAAGCAGUCCUGCGCCGUGUUUACUUACAUGUGAUAUCAUGUGCGAUACAAGCGGUCCUGCGGCAUGUUUACUUGUGCUUGAUAUCAUGUGCGAUACAGGCAGUCCUGCGCCGUGUUUACUUACAUGUGAUAUCAUGUGCGAUACAAGCAGUCCUGCGCCGUGUUUACUUACAUGUGAUAUCAUGUGCGAUACAAGCAGUCCUGCGGCAUGUUUACUUGUGCUUGAUAUCAUGUGCAAUACAAACAGUCCUGCGCCAUGUUUACUUACAUGUGAUAUCGUGCGAUACAAGCAGUCCUGCGCCGUGUUGACUUACAUGUGAUAUCAUGUGCGAUACAAGCAGUCCUGCGGCAUGUUUACUUGUGCUUGAUAUCAUGUGCAAUACAAACAGUCCUGCGCCGUGUUUACUUACAUGUGAUAUCAUGUGCGAUACAAGCAGUCCUGCGGCAUGUUUACUUGUGCUUGAUAUCAUGUGCAAUACAAACAGUCCUGCGCCAUGUUUAUUUACAUGUGAUAUCAUGUGCGAUACAAGCGGUCCUGCGGCAUGUUUACUUGUGCUUGAUAUCAUGUGCGAUACAAGCAGUCCUGCGCCGUGUUUACUUACAUGUGAUAUCAUGUGCGAUACAAGCGGUCCUGCGGCAUGUUUACUUGUGCUUGAUAUCAUGUGCGAUACAAACGGUCCUGUGACGUGUUUACUUACAUGUGAUAUGUGCGAUACAAGCAGUCCUGCAGUGUGAUUACUUGCGGGUGAUAUAAUUUGCGAUUCAAACAGUCCUGAGGCGUGUGUACUUCUGUGUGAUAUCAUGCGCGAUACAAGCGGUCCUGCAGCAUGUGUACUUGUGUGUGAUAUCAUGUGCAAUACAAGCGGCCUUGCGGCGUGUGUAAUUGGGUGUGAUAUCAUGUGCGAUACAAGUGGUCCUGCAGCCUGUUGACUUGUGCCUAAUAUCAUGUGCAAUACAAGUAGUCCUGCGGCGUGAUUACUUAACAUGUGAUAUCAUGUGUGAUUCAAGCGGUCCUGCGACGUGUGUACUUAUGUGUGAUAUAAGGUGCGAUACAAGCGGUCCUACGGCAGGUUUACUUCUGUGUGAUAUCAUAUGCGAUACAAGCGGUCCUGCAGCCUGUUGACUUGUGCCUAAUAUGUGCAACACAAGUAAUCCUGCGGCGUGAUUACUUACGUGUGAUAUCAUGUGCGUUUCAAGCAGUCCUGAGGGAUGUGGACUUCUGUGUCAUAUCAUGUGUGAUACAAGCGGUCUUGCGGCAUGUGUACUUGUGUGGGAUAUCAUGUGCAAUACAAGCAGUCCUGCGGCGUGAUAUCAUGUGCGAUACUAGCGGUCCUGCGGCGUGUGUACUUCUGUACGAUACCAUGUUCGAUACAAGCGGUCCUGCGGCGUGUGUACGCCUGUGUGAUAUCAUGUGCGAUACAAGCGGUCCUACGGUAGGUUUACUUGUGUGUGAUAUCAUGUGCGAAACAAACAGUCCUGCAACGUGUUUACUUGUUUGGUAUCAUGUGCGAUACAAGCAGUCAUGCGCCGUGUUUACUUCUGUGUGAUAUCACGUGCAAUACAAGUGGUCCUCGGCGUGUUUACUUGUGUGUGAUAUCAUGUGCGAUACAUGUGGUCUUCAGCGUGUUUACUUGUGUGUGAUAUCAUGUGCGACACACGCCGUCAUGCGCUGAGUUUCCUUCUGUGUGAUAUCAUGUGCGAUACAAUCAGUCGUGCGCCGUGUUUACUUGUGUGUGAUAUCAUGUGCGAUACAAGCGGUCCUGCGGCGUGUUUACUUGUGUGAUAUCAUGCGCGAUACAAGCAGCCGUGAGGCGUGUUUACUUGUGUGUGAUAUCAUGUGCGAUACAAGAGGUCCUGCGGUGUCUGAUAUAAUGUGCUAUACAAACAGUCCUUCGGCUUGUUUACGUCUGUGUGAUAUCAUGUGCGGUACAAGCAGGCCUGCAGUGUGUUUACUUGUGUGUGAUAUCAUGUGCGAUACAAGCGGUCCUGCAGCGUGUUUAUUUCUGUGUGAUAUCAUGUGCGAUACAAGCGGGCCUGCAGAGUGUUUACUUGUGUGAUUUCAUGUGCGAUACAAACAGUUGUGCAGUGUGUUUACUUGUGUGUGAUAUCACGUGCGAUAUAAGCGGGCCUGCAGAGUGUUUACUUGUGUGUGGUAUCAUGUGCGAUACAAACAGUCGUGCGGCGUGUUUACUUGUGUGUGACAAUGUGCGAUACAAGAGGUCCUGCGGUGUCUGAUAUCAUGUGCUAUACAAACAGUCCUGCGGCGUGUUUACGUCUGUGUGAUAUCACGUGCGAUACAAGCAUGCCUGCGGCGUGUUUGCUUGUGUGUGAUGCCAUGUGCGAUACAAUCAGUCGUGUGGCGUGUUUACUUGUGUGUGACAUAAUGUGCGAUACAAGAGGUCCUGCGGUGUCUGAUAUCAUGUGCUAUACAAAUAGUCCUGCAGCGUGUUUACGUCUGUGUGAUAUCAUGUGCGAUACAAGCAUGCCUGCAGUGUGUUUGUGUGUGAUAUCAUGUGCGAUACAAGCGGUCCUGCAGCUUGUUUAUUUCUGUGUGAUAUCAUGUGCGAUACAAGCGGGCCUGCCGAGUGUUUACUUGUGUGUGAUUUCAUGUGCGAUACAAGAGGUCCUGCGGUGUCUGAUAUCAUGUGCUAUACAAACAGUCCUGCAGCGUGUUUACGUCUGUGUGAUAUCAUGUGCGAUACAAGCAUGCCUGCAGUGUGUUUGUGUGUGAUAUCAUGUGCGAUACAAGCGGUCCUGCAGCUUGUUUAUUUCUGUGUGAUAUCAUGUGCGAUACAAGCGGGCCUGCCGAGUGUUGCGUUUGAUAUCACGUGCGAUACAAGCAUGCCUGCAGUGUGUUUACAUGUGUGUGAUAUCACGUGCGAUACAAGCAUGCCUGCGGCGUGUUUUGUGCGUGAUAUCUUGUGCAAUACCAGGAGCCUGCAGCGCGUUCACUCCUGUGUGAUAUCAUGCGCGAUACAAUCAGUCGUGCGGCGUGUUUACUUGUGUGUGAUAUCAUGUGCGAUACAAGCAGUCGUGCGGCGUGUUUACUUGUGCGAGACAUCAUGUGUGAUACAAGCAGGCCUGCGCCGUGUUUACUUGUGCGAGACAUCAUGUGCGAUACAAGCAGGCCUGCGCCGUGUUUCCUUGUGUGUGAUAUCAAGUCUCCAAGGCAUAUGGGAAAGUUCCCAGUAAGGAACGUGUCCGCAUCAUUCAACUUAAAGCCUCAUUAACGACUGUAGCCAACAGGUGUCGCCAAAAAACAAUUACCACUCCGUUUCAACUUGAAGACAGCACAAGUCCAGUCCACACAGUUAAUAGUAAACAGGUUAGUCUUUUUUUUUUUUUUUUGUUCUCUCUCCCACCCGUUUCACUUCAUCCAACAUUCCACUCUACAGAAUUGUAAAAGUUUUUAUGGUUCCUGCUGAUAUCGCGUGGGAUCAUGAUCGGUCAAUGUUCAAGGGUCACAAACGUCCACGAUACAUUUAUCCAUGAAAAUAUGGUAAAGCUGCAGAUGCUGUGUUUGACAUGCUGUGUUACUUUUGGUACACAAACUUAUCCAUAGGCGGUCCGUCCCCCAAAGACGUCCGUGUGCAACACAAACAAAAACUAAAGUAGUUGUGUGUAAAACAUUCUGUUAUGUUUUUUAAAACAAUAGUUGGUAUUUAAAAAAAAAAAAAAAAUAUUUAAAAAGCAUGUAAUAAGUUAAAAUGGCUCUUUGCUUGUUCAUUGGUUUAUGUAUUUUUGAAUUUUUUACAUCCAGUUAUGAUGACAAUUUCAUAGAAAAAUUCAUGUCAUUUAUCUAAAGGGGGUCUAAAAUUUUGAGGCACUGAAUUUUAACCAAUUUUUUUUUUUUUGCUUGCAAACUUAAUAAAAAUAUGCGAAAAUUUUAAUUGCAUAAUAUUUGGUGAGCAAAAUGUGUUUAAAUGUCAGUUGGUCAAAAAACAAUGCGGACAAAUGUGUUGCAUACAAACUCAAAACCCACUUUUGAUUAAUUAAAUUAAAUUCUAAAAUUGUCAGCAUAAUUGGACGUGAAAAAAUUAAUUUUCCAAAAUUUUUACGCAAAAAAUUCAGUUGCAUAAACUCAGUGUAAAAAAAAAAAAAAAAAAAUUCAGUACAUAAAUGUUCUCAAGACUCAAAUUCAAGACCCACUUCUGGUAAACUAAAAAAAUGUUAUUAAAUUGUCAACAUAAUUGAAUGUAAAAAAAAAAAAAAAAGGAUAUUAAGAAAACAAAAUUUACAUAAAAUCAAGGAAAGAAAAAUUCUGUAUUCCGCUGAAUUAAAUUAAAACUAAAUUAUUUUAAAUUAAUUUAAAAUGUAUUGAAAUUGGCAGCAUAAUUCAGUUACAUAAAUUCAGUGUAAAAAAAAAAACAACUACAGAAGUAUUUGUUGCUUAAAAUCUCGGGAUCUACUUCUUGUAAAAUAAAUUAAAUUUGAAUUAUUGUCAGCAAAAUUUGAUGUAAAAAAAAUUAUGUUCAAAUUAAAUUAAAUGUAAUUUAAUUUAUUUGUCAGCGUAAUUUAAUGUAAAAAAACAAACGCAAAAAAUUAUGUUACAUAAAUUCAGUGUAAAAAAAAAAAAAAGUACUGAAGUAUUUGUUGAUUCAAACUAAAAAUUUACUUCUGGUAAAUUAACCUAAAUUAAAUGUAAUUACAUUUGAUUUAUUGUCAGCGAAAUUUGAUGUUAAAAAAAAAAAAAUCAGUGCAAAAAUAAAAAAUACAAAAACAGCACAUAAGUAUUUGUUGCUUCGAACUCAGGAGCCACUUCCUGUAGAUCAAGUUUAAUUAAAUUUAAUGUAAUUUAAUUUAACUGUCAGCGGUAUUUGAUUUAAAAAAAAAAAAAAAUUAUGUUUAAAAUAACAAACGCAAAAAAUUCAGUUAAAUAAAUUCAGCGUAAAAAAAAUUCAGUGCAUACAGUAGAUUAAAUUAAAUUACAUUGAAUUAAAAUACAUUUUAUUAUAUUUAAUUGAAUUGUCAGCAGAAUUUGAUGUAAAAAACAUUAUGUGCAAAAAGCCAAACGCCCAAAAAAUCAGUUACAUAAAUUCAGUGUAAAAAAAAAAAAAAAAGUUCAAUACAAAAGUAUUUGUUGCUUCAAACUCAAAAUCUACAUCUGGUAAAUAAACUUAAAUUAAAUUGUAUUAAAUUAAAUGUGAUUUUUUUUCUCAG